AUGACGGCUGAUAGAGAUGUAUGGUAUGGGUUAUUAAAAGAGGUUCUUUGUCCACAGACCUUCCGACACGGGUUCCCGUUCUCCCCGACAGCGCUGGCUUGGGACCCUAUACAGAAGUUGCUCGCGAUCGGCGACAAGGGCGGUAACCUCAGAAUUCUUGGUGGGCCUGGUGUGGACGCGCACGUGCGACACGAGGCAGGCGAGGCGGUACUGCACGCUCAGUUUCUGAUCAACGAGGGUGCCCUCGUCACCGCCACCGCGGACGACCAGCUGCACCUCUGGACCUUCAGACAGAAGUCACCCCAGCGCGUGCAAUCCCUCAAAUUCCAAAGGGAACGGAUAACAUGCCUGCAUUUACCGCUGCAAUCGAAGUGGGUGCACGUGGGCACAGAGCGCGGGAACGUUCAUGUCGUCAACAUCGAAACGUUCGUCCUCAGUGGAUACGUCAUCAAUUGGAAUAAGGCCAUCGAAGUGACAAGGCCGAAUCACCCUGGCGCCGUGGUAGCCAUCAAUGAGAACCCACUCGAUGCUAGCAAAUUAUUGAUAGCCUUCGAGACAGGUCUAUUAGUGGUAUGGGACCUGCGGGCUCGCGCAGUGGAGUGGCGAGGAGGGCUAGCAGGCGCGGGGGCGGGUGCUCCAGACGUGCGCGCCGCCGCCUGGCAACACGACGGCAAAUUGAUGACCGCGCACGCGGACGGCGCCCUCGCAACAUGGACCACAAGAGCCCCUCGACCUUCCACUAUCACAUACCCACAUGCGAAAGCGAAUAAAGAGGGAAAACUGGAACCUUGCAAACCCAUACACAGAUUAGAAUGGAAAACGUCGAGAUCAGGUGAGAGUCUGGUCAUCUUCUCCGGCGGGCUACCGACGGAUAAGGCGGGGCGCACACACAGUGUCACCGUGCUCAACGGCAAAAGCACCACCGUGCUGGAAAUGGAGCACAGCGUCGUUGACUUCGUCACGCUCUGCGAGAGCCCGCACGCCGCUGACUACCAAGAGCCUUACGCGAUCGUGGUCCUUCUCCAGAACGACCUGGUGGUGAUCGACCUGCUCUCCCCCGGGUACCCGUGCUUCGAGAACCCCUACCCCAUGGACAUACACGAGUCUCCCGUCACCUGCUGUUCAUACUUCGCAGACUGCCCGUCUGACCUCAUCCCCGCGUUCUACUCAGUGGGUCGUCAGGGCAACAAGAAGGUGGCUGGCUUCAGCGAGAAGCUGUGGCCCAUCAACGGCGGCGAGUGGGCGCCCGCCUCCUGCUCCUACAGCGAGAUCAUACUCACAGGUCACGCAGACGGUAGCGUCAAAUUCUGGGACGCGAGUGCGGGGACGUUACAAAUUUUAUACAAGUUAAAAUGUUCUAAAGUGUUCGAGCGGCGCGGCGGCUGGGAGGAGGAGGGCGCGCUGAGCAUCCAGCAGGUGGCGCUGUGCGCGGAGUCGCGGCGGCUGAGCGUGGCGCUGCCGCACGGACACGUCGUGCUCUUCAAGUUCCGCAAGGCCGAGACCACCGCGGAGACGCACGUGCUAGAAAUCCCGGUAAUAACAGACACGCUAGAGGAGGAAACGUCACCGGAGCCGGAGGGCAGCCGCUCCGCCUCCUUCAGCCGCAUCAGCCAGUAUGAUCGCAUUUGUCUAAAGACCAUAGAGCACUCGUGGUCUAUGAUCUUUGGAUCUGAGCUAUUACCACUACGGGUGGAUAAUCUGUUGGUUCUGUUGUCUACGGGCCGCGUAGACAAGCUGGAUAGCUCGUUCUCGCGGUCGCGGUCCAGCAGCAUGUCCAGUCUGGAGAACAUCUCGCAGGAGGGCAUACAGUGCCUCGCAUUCGCUGACAGUUACACCAAGAAAUCAGACCCUACGGGACUGGUGCCGACAUUGUGGAUCGGCACGUCGCUGGGCUCAGUACUCACCAUGAUGAUCAACCUGCCCGAGGAUGACCUACGCUACACGCAGCCCGUCCACAUUUCCACCACAGGAGGACCUAUCCUAAGGCUAAAAGGUUCAAUUUUAACGAUGUCGUUCCUCGACUGUAAUGGUGCUUUAAUACCUUAUUCAUACGAAAGUUGGAAGGACGAUAGUAAAGAGAGUCGUGAUAGCCGUGAGCGUCGCGAGCGCACGCCCACCAAGCAGGGGUCGAGUGCGAGCCGCACGAGCCCGACGCCGGGCGCGGGGGGCGCGGGAGGCUCUGGUGAUGGUGACCGCCAGUUCGUGGUGGUGGCCUCCGAGAAGCAAGCGCGUGUCAUCGCCCUGCCCAGCCAGAACUGCGUCUACAGACAGCAGAUCGUCGAGACUGACUUCGUUGUUAAAUCUGAAACAGUCAGCCUUAAAGACAGCGUGUGCCUAGUGAAUUACCUGUCGACGGGUCACCUGGUGGCGUACAGCCUGCCCUCGCUGCGGCCGCUCGUCGAUGUAGACUUCCUGCCUCUCUCCGAGCUCAGCUUCCAGACACAGUCCAAACAGAGGGGUAUCGUAGACCCAAUGCUCUCGAUCUGGGGCCAGCAACUCAUUGUUAACGAGGAUACAGACCAGAUAGCGAAGACGUUCUGCUUCAGCAACCGCGGGCACGGACUGUACCUCGCCUCGCCCACUGAAAUACAGAAGUUCACAAUUGACACCGAUUUCUGCUAUCAAAUAAAUGAAAUGCUUGGAGAGCUAUUCCUCCCGCGGGAUAUGCCGGAGGCGCCCAAAGAGGGAUUUUUCAGAGGGUUGUUUGGCGGCGGCUCGCGGCCGCUCGACAGGGAGGAACUCUUCGGCGAGAGCAGCGGGAAGCCGAACCGUGCGGUGGCAAAGCACAUCCCUGGCGGCGCGGGCACGGCGGAGCUCGGCGCGCGCGCCUCCGCCGCCGCCAGCGAGGUGUCGCGCGCGCACCAGCUGGUGCUGGAGCGCGGCGACAAGCUGUCCCAGCUCGAGGACCGCACGGAGCGCAUGCACUCUCAAGCCGCGGAGUUCUCCUCCUCCGCGCACCAGCUUAUGCUCAAAUACAAGGACAAGAAGUGGUACCAGCUGUGAGUCCCGUGCUUCAUCUUUUAGGCUAGAAGACGGAUCUUUGUGAAGCUGUAAUACAUAUAAAGGUGCACGCACUCGUUAGUUCCUCUAGCCGGCGGCCCCUCUCAGACGCAUCUCAGACCGUAUAAAGCCACAAGCAAGAAUGACAUACGAUUUGCUUAUCUUUAUCUUCAUAGACAUCGAGACGGGGCGGGGCCGGCUUACUGACAAGACGAAUGUGCGUUAACCUUUAUUAGAUACGCAAAAUGUUUUGUCGCUCCUGUCUAUCACAGCUGAUAGAUGGCGUUAAUGUACAAAUCUCUGAGUGCGGACUAUCUAUCAAUUCCGAUGCACAUAACUUCCCAAUAAAUUCUAAAUAGUUUCAAUGGACUUUUAAGAACAAUUAAGGUAGUAAUAAAAUUAAGGACACGAUACAAUUUCGAAAAAAAAAUGGUAGGUGAUUUAAAUUAACUGAAAGGAGCACAAUUUUCAUAUUCUAACACGUAAGCAAGUUUUCAAAUAAGAGAGCUUAGGACAGGCGACAGACGAACUUUCUAUAGCGUUUCGGAGUUACGCACAACGUUGUUUUUAGUUCGGGAAUGACGUAGGUUAAAAACACGUUUGGUCAACAAUUAUUACUGUGCCUGAUUUCUAUUUCUUCAUUAGUUAAAAUAAAUAUCAGAUAAAUGAGAAAAUAUUUUUCAUUUUAAGAAAAUUAUCGAAGUGUAUCUGUUUGAAACUUUCUGCAUUCGUUGUCGCGAUGUGAUAAUGUAAAUAAAAAAAAACUAACAUUAACUUUAUUUUUUUAUACCACUUAUCGUAUGGAAAUACGCAUCAGUUAUCUUUUAUUUCAUUUUUUUAAUUACAAUUUGAAAUGCGUCUUAAAAUCGCGUUCUAUUUUUAAAAAGUUGACAGUUUACGUUUAGAAACAGAGUUUUAUUUUAAAAAAAACGGGUGAGAUUGUUGCUAAAAACCCGUGUCGCGUAGCUGUACAUUUUUAUAGAUACGAACGUAAGGAUAAAAUUUAAUAAACUAAAUGAUAGUUAAUGUUGAACUGUAUAAUGUGAUAAGUUAAAAUAAAUACUAUAAAGAUUGGAAAUUUAAGCAUUGGAUGACAAUAAUUUUGUUACUCUGCAAAUUUCUUUCGUGCCACGAAGUUACCUAUCUUUUCUCUCUAUCUCUUCUCUAUUCGUUCAGAAAUCGCAACAUUCUUUAUACAUUGUGGCACUUUGUCUAUGAUAUGUGGAGUUAUAUUUUUCGUCAGAGCAUUUGUUAGUAGAGACACAUUAUAUUUAAUUAGUAUUUUAAUUAUGAAUUGUUUAUAAUAACGUAGGGUCCCGGUGCUUGCGGCACAUUACAUAGCAAUACAGGCGCGGGUUGCCAGCCCGGCGCAGACCAAACCAAUUGGUGUGUCGGUGUUGCUAGAUAAAAUACAAAUAUAAAAUAAAACGAUAACUAUUAUACUAUAAACUAUAAAUUAAAAUAAUUGCACUAUGUAUAUCGCUGGUUAAUAAUAAGUUUGUAGAGAAACUCUCUGUGUAUAUCAAGUUAAAAAUAUAAUAAAAACGUAUAUGUUCUGUAACCAGUAGAUUUAUGGCAAUAGUUUUUAAGCAUAAAAUACGUUUUCAAAUUCAAGUAUAAAGUUUAAUUAUAUGAUUUUUGUUUCGUAUAUGUAAAUAAGUACAAAGCAAUUUAGUAUAAAAUGGACAGUAUACAGUGAGUUUCAUCUACCUUAUAUUUAAGUACUGUAGUGAAAAUCGGUGUAUCGCAUGGCAAUAAACAUUUUAUUAACAAUAUUUAGGUCAAUAAUUACUGGUAACCCUGUGUUGCUUCUCGCUUCUCUAUAUUUCUCCUAUGAAAAGAAUUAAACAAUUAUAAAAAUAAUAUCUUUAAACAAGCUAAAUGAUUUUUUUUUUAUCUUAUGCUCCUUUGU